CAUGCUGAGGCGGGCGAGGAGAAAGGGUCUGUCUCAGGGCCUGGAGAGAACGGAGGAAGGAUGUGCCCGGCAGCUGUGGGCGUAGGCCUAGCUGAGUCCGGGCUUCGCCUCCGUCGGGGCCGCUGCAGGGCGAAGGCUCCCGGGGUUCCAGUGUCAGGGCCGGAGCUGGCCGUCGGGGAUGGUGGCCUGUGCUCUAAGCAGCCUCCGCCACCGAGACCAAAGCCCCCCGGGCAGGCCGUGGGAUGGGUCCUGCUGGCCACGAUCACUUCGCUGGCUUUCGCCACUCGCUUCCACCGGUUGCACGAGCCAGCGCACGUCUGUUGGGAUGAAACUCACUUUGGAAAAAUGGGAAGUUACUAUAUCAAUCGUACCUUUUUCUUUGAUGUUCACCCGCCUCUGGGGAAGAUGCUUAUAGGACUUGCUGGUUACCUGAGUGGUUAUGAUGGCACCUUUCCUUUCCAGAAGCCUGGGGACAAAUAUGAACAUCACAAUUAUAUUGGGAUGAGAGGGUUCUGUGCUUUCCUGGGCUCCUGGUUGAUCCCUUUUGCCUACAUCACCGUGCUAGAGCUGUCCAGGUCCCAGCCAGCAGCCCUGCUAGCUGCUGCCCUACUCACCUUUGACACUGGCUGCCUUACUUUGUCACAGUACAUACUUCUGGAUCCCAUCCUCAUGUUCUUCAUCAUGGCUGCAAUGCUGAGCAUGGUCAAGUAUAACUCCUGUGCAGAUAGGCCCUUCUCUGCCUGUUGGUGGCUCUGGCUCAGCCUGACAGGAGUCAGUCUUGCCGGUGCUUUAGGGGUCAAGUUUGUUGGCCUCUUUAUUGUCCUUCAUGUCGGAUUGAACACAAUUUCAGAUCUUUGGCAGCUGCUGGGAGACCUGAAUCUCACAAUGGUAACACUGGGAAAACACUUGGCAGCUCGGAUCUUGUGCCUCAUUGUGUUUCCUCUUAUUCUCUAUACUACCCUGUUUGCAGUUCACUUCAUCAUAUUGAAUAGAAGUGGCCCUGGAGAUGGCUUUUUCAGUUCUGCCUUUCAGUCUCGGCUUUUGGGGAACAACCUUCACAAUGCUUCCAUUCCAGAACACUUGGCUUAUGGAUCUGUGAUUACAGUGAAGAAUCUCCGAAUGGCUAGCGGGUACCUCCAUUCACAUUGGCAUCUUUAUCCGGAAGGAGUUGGUGCACGCCAGCAGCAGGUAACUGCCUAUCAGCACAAGGACUAUAACAACUUGUGGAUUGUGAAGAAACACGAUGCCAACACAGAUCCUCUAGACCCUUCUUUCCCAGUAGAGUUUGUGAGACACGGAGACAUCAUUCGACUGGAACACAAAGAGACUUCUCGAAACCUACACAGUCAUCAGCACGAGGCCCCAAUGACCCGGAAGCACUAUCAGGUCACUGGCUAUGGCGUAAAUGGGACAGGGGAUUCAAAUGAUUUCUGGCGGAUUGAGGUGAUGAAUAGGAAAUCUGAGAAUCGGAUCAAAGUCCUGAGGAGUCAUAUCCGACUCAUCCAUCUGGCCACGGGCUGUGUCCUGGGUUCCUCAGGGAAGACACUGCCUAAAUGGGGCUGGGAACAGCUGGAAGUGACCUGCACUCCAUACCUGAAGGAGACCCCUAAUUCUGUCUGGAAUGUGGAGGACCAUAUCAAUCCCAAAUUGCCAAACAUCAGCUUGGACGUCCUGAAGCCCAGUUUUGCGGAGAUCUUACUGGAAUCCCACAUGGUUAUGAUCCGGGGGAAUAGUGGUCUCAAACCCAAGGAGAAUGAAGUCACUUCCAAGCCUUGGCAUUGGCCCGUCAACUAUCAGGGCCUGCGCUUCUCAGGAGUCAACGAGACUGACUUUCGGGUCUAUUUGCUUGGAAAUCCAGUCAUCUGGUGGUUGAAUCUGGUAAGCAUUGGCCUUUACCUUCUCCUGGGAAGCAUCACUACUGUGUCUAUGCAGAGGGGACUUCAGCUCACUGCAGAAGUGAAAGGUCUCUGCCAGGUCCUGCUGCGUGGAGGAGGUCAGGUCCUGCUGGGUUGGCUGCUCCAUUAUUUCCCUUUCUUCAUGAUGGGCCGGGUGCUUUACUAUCAUCACUACUUUCCAGCCAUGCUUUUCUCCAGCAUGUUGACAGGGAUCCUGUGGGACACAGUCCUCAGGUUCUGUGCUUACUAUCUGUCAUCUUUUCCUCUGGCUAACUGGGUGCAUAUAUUUGGGAUCUCUCUUCUGAUCCUGGGAAUUGCCUAUAGCUUCUACCUCUUCCAUCCUCUCUCUUAUGGAAUGGUUGGUCCCAUGGCUCAGGACCCUCAAAGUCCAAUGGCAGGAUUAAAGUGGUUGGAAACGUGGGAGUUUUAGAGCCAAAGAACGCCAGCCCCGAAGGAUCCAGGAACUGCCUGCAGGAAUGGUCAAAUGGAACCAGUUCUUUAGUUCUUAUGGGAAAGCAGCUGUGGAAGCAGCUACUUCAGGAGAUCCUGAGAAGACUCUUACGCAUCCAGGAGGAGCCUAGCUAAGGAGAUGAGCCCUUGGGAUAAUUUCAGUCUGCACCCAUAUGAGUCAGAGGCUCUAUCUUCAACUCUAGUAGCUUGUGCCAUCAGCAGUUUUUGGUUGGGGAUAUUUAAGCAGUGUAUUAACUCCUCUUAAUUAGCCCCAUUUGCCUGGAAUUUGUGCUAUAUGUGAACAUGCAAGGGAACAAAUAAUGAGGGCAAAACAAGAGGAGGGGUGGGUGCUUGUUACACGCGUGUGUGUGUGUGUGUGUGUGUGUGUGUGUGUACCUAUAUAUAUUAUGAGGGGAACAUAUGUGAUGCAUUUGUCCUUACACCUGUGGAUCACAGCCUAGGUAACUGGACAGUUGAAUGUUGUAAACACUUAGGAACAAAAAUAGUUCAGGGCUAAUUGCCUAUUCUUAUUUUCUUUUCACACUGGAUUUUUAUUUUGUUGUGCUUUCUGCUGAGGGAUAAGAUGAUUGUGGGUAAGAUCUAAUACUGGGACCUAAGCAAUUCUUCAAAAGGUUGCUGACCUGGAAAGAGGCUCUGUGGUUUAACACCUCUGCCCCAACUUUGGGCACAGCCCAGACAGAAAAGAUGGGAACUGUCUAAGUUGUGUUAUCCUUGUUCCCACAAACCAGGUAAGAAUCACCAGAAAACAAGGGCACCUAGAUCACAUCCUCGUUCAUCCUCAUUGCAUUGCUGGCAAUCCUGACUGGAAUCGGACUGCCGUUUGGCAAGUCUUUUUUGUGGCAGCUGAGUUCUUGAUUUCUUGCCUAGGACUGUGACAUGAGCUCAGUGGGUGCAGGGAAUGAGGGGGCCUGUGCACUUGCGGUCUGCCAUUUGAGCCCCCGAGCUCUGGCCCUUUUAGAAUGUCAAGCAUUACCAGAUUGGUGAGAGAUACUGAAUCCCAUCCUUGGCUGCACUCCACCCCAGGGCCCUUUUGGCUGAAGGCCACUUCCACCUGCCCAUCCUUGCCCCACCCAGAAAGUCUGGGAAAUGGAAGGCAAGGGCACAAGGCAGAGUCUUCUCACAGCUGAGAGGAAGAACUCUUAGUCAAUCUCCUUCUUGUUAACUGUAGUAGACAAGGGAAGUGUGAGGGGGAAUUUCAUUUGGAAUUUGAACCAGAGAAGCACCUUGGGCGCACUCCAGCCAAGUGUAUGGGGAGUAAGUGGAGUGCUGGGUUCAUGUUCCCAUCACCUGCUGCUUCCUCCUUAUCUUGGCAUCUUCACACUGUUUUUCACACAGCUUUCACUCAACCUGGAAGCCUUGUUUCUGUCAUUAUUUCUUCCAACUCUUCCUUUCCCCAAAGAGCGAAGAAUGCUUCUCUGCAUCACGAUCCAGGAGGCAGUUUCUCCCCAGAGACCUGUUAACAGUUUUCUUUGUCCCUGUCUUGAUGAUCCAAAGCCAGAUAUCAUGAUCCCCUCCUCCUCUGCCUCCCCCCCCCCAUCUUUCCUCAGUGAAAGGGAACAAAACAACCCCUGGACUAGUGCCAGACCAAACCAGUCUGCAGUACCUCUGUCUGUUGGGCUUUGCUCUUCCCAUGCAUCACUCAAUAUGCCUCCCUUCAAUCUUGGGCACAGUUUAGUGCCUCCAUGUUUAAACAUGAGCCUCUGCCACACUCCAUUGCCGCCUCCCCUCCUCUCCCCAGGCAACUCCACUGACUGAUGGGGUCAUGGGCUCUCUGGAACAUCAUUGGGAGGUGGUUGCCAUGGAGAUAGGGAAUAGGUCCUAGGGACUGGCUGUACUGCCUCGGGGAGGGAGGGGGGGCGAGGUUGUGGGCCAUGCAGGGGCCUCUUGGUGGUUCACACUGAUUGUCAUUAAUGCUAAUAGAGGAAAUGUAGCAAUGCCAAAAUCGAGGCAGGUUGGCUAAUUAGAUCUGGUGCCUGAUAACCUUUCCCUCUGAGUGGCUUCGGCUCUCCAUACUUCCCCCCAGCAGGAAGAGCUGCAUGCGUGCCCUGAGCCUGGGUUCCUUAGUUAAUUGCAUUUGUCGAAGGGAAGGAGAUUGGAGAUGGGGAAACUCAGCAUACCACCACCUCAGGAAAGUCUGAUUUCUUUUGAGCCGAGUAAUGGUACCCACUGUGCCUCUUAUUUGGAGAUAGGGAGCAGUAUGUGGGGAGUCAUCUAGCCCUUGGUUCACGGGAAGGGACAUUACCUGCUAAGGGGCCCAAUAAGAGGGCAUUCACUGUCCUUAGUUAAAGGGAUUGUACUAUACACAACCCUGUAGUCUGGAAAAGCUUGUGGGAUAGGGUCUGAUUUGGUAUGGAGCAGUCAUUUCUGACUUGAAAAUAAAUUAACAGACUAGAAGUAGUCUGAGUCAGCAUACUUUGCUUCUUUUUUUCUGCUCCUGGUUUUCCAUGCAUUUCACUGAGUUUUGAGCUGCUAAUAGGACUUAGGCCUAUUUGGAAGUGAUAGUUGCAUCUGAUUUGAAAGCAGAACACCCUUCUUCUGAACCUCUCUCUCCUUUCACUUUUUCUAAGUGAGUAUAAUAAGGCACUGGCCCAAGAUAUGUUUCUCAAUAUUUGAGAAAGAACAGCAGGGGCAUUGAUAAGCCCAGAGUGCCCAGAUAUAUUUUACAUCCACACCAUUAGGAUAACAAACUGGGUUCCUAUGUGCCCCUUAGACACAGGGAUUCUAUAUUUGAGGCUUCACUCCAAGGCCCAGGCUUGAGCUCCAAGGUUCCGUUUCCUUCCUCGAUUUCUCAGACAGAAUGUUUUGUUCCCAGGAGUGUUUUGAGUGUGAAAGGCAUAAAUAUAAUUACUUGUGACUAAUGUAUGUGAGUGACCAUGGAGAAGGUGGCUUGCUUGUCCCUUCUCUCCGAUUUAUUGCUGCUGAGAAAGAAACGUACCACUGCCACAAACCCUGCUUUCCAAAAGCAGAUAUUGUGAUGCUCCCUACUCAUCUUCCUCAUCAUUCUCUGGAUCCCUGUGAGAAGACCUGCUGGUGUAACCUUGCUACUUGAGUUGGAGGUGAAAGUGAAUGUCUCUCUACAUGAAUUCGGAACAGUGUACCUGAUUUUUAAAAGAGAAUAGCAACAAAAAUAUAUUUCCCUCAAAUUUGAGGGGAAUGAGAGAGAGAUGGCUCCCUUUCAGUCAAACUCUGAGUGUCUCCUUAGGUUUGACACCAUGCUUUGUAAAAGGGCUUCUAAGAAAGCUCCGGAGGCUAAUCUGGCCAUUUAGUUUUGUAAUAAACACUAUUGUUUUGAA